ACAAAGAGCUCAACACUCCUUGUAGAUACCCAUCGCAGGACGAAGGCAAAGCUCGGAGCAGCUCUGUCGGAAUUUUUAAAGGAUAAAUUGGAAUUCUCUCAAAAACACAGGAAAAAUGCACGCCAGAUUUGCAGAUCCCGAGCCCGCGUCUCCGGACAGUGAAGAUGGAAUCGCCACGGAGUCGCUGGCCAGAAUCGAGGCGUUUAAGCAGAGUCCCCAGAACAUGGCUGCUCUGCGGGAGGUGCUUGACGAUGUGGUCCUGCGGGCUGAGACGGAGGCCAAUAGGCGAGCAGUUGAGAACCAGAAAUCGCAACAGGGCAAGGAAAAGCGCCAGAGUUUCGCCAUACCAGAUUUUAAGAACGGCAAGGUGGUGAACCGGGCCAGAGGAUUUGUGGUGCGGAUCUUCGAUGCCAUAUGCAAUUGUGCCAACAACAAUGCGGCGGCGGCCACGACGCGAUUCAAACUGAGGAGCAACAGCGGCGGAGGAGGAGCCAGCGGAAACGGAAAACGACAGCAGUCCCAGGACGAGCCGGAAACCCUAGUUCUGACCAAGAAGAAGCCAGCCGGCGAGGGCAAAAAAAAGAAAGGCGUUAGCAUGGCCGACGACGUGCAAGCCGGCGUUCGACUGAUGGACUAAGAAAGCAAUACAACAUGAUGGUUGAUCCUGCAAUGGGAAAACAUAAUCAAAAUCUUUACCAAUCCAUCCCCAAACACAGAACUCACAUCAGCAAUCGUUGUCUGUCAUCCUAAAAGCAUUUUCUUUGCUCAAACGUCUAAGCACUAAACCAAACUCCAAGUCUUCCCCUGAAGACCAAAAAUGAUCGUUUAAGAUGUCGAGCUGUGUCUGACCUUUUGUAUUCGUUUUGCGGAGUCAUAAAAUGUUGAAAAGUUCUGAAAAUUUAGGAUAUGUAAAAUGAUCGUUUAGAUGUCGAGCUGUGUCUGACCUUUUGUAUUCGUUUUGCGGAGUCAUAAAAUGUUGAAAAGUUCUGAAAAUUUUAGGAUAUGUAAUUAUAGCAGGCAUAAAAUCGUAUUCCCCGCUUAUAAACGAAAGUGUUAAACCCGAUAAUAUACUAAGUUCCGAGGUAUAAGUAUGACACACAUAUUUUUUUGAAAAAUAUUUAGCUUUUGAUAAAGACUUGUAAAAAGUUUUUAAAUUCUUUCUCCGGCAAGCGAAAAUAGGGCGGAUAGGAAAGACUUAGCUCUUUACUUUAUGAUUUCAUAAACCUAAAUGUGAUCCCAGACGGAAAUGUAAGCAAAAGAACUCUAAGCACAAAUAACUUAUAGAUUAGUUAGAGAAGGAGAACGGAAGGAAAAUCGUAUAGGAUAUACACUCUCAUACAUUCGAGGCCAUCCCACGCACAACACAAUCAACGGCAUUACACAAUCCCAAGCGGAACCAAUGCCAAGCUUAACAACUGGCCUGUCAAUCUCCACCUAAUUAUAACUACGAUAUAUCAAAUUAUAUACCUAUUCGUGUAUACCUAGGUGUGCACCACCAACCUAUUUAGAUGUGUGUGUAGUAGUUACAAAAUAUUUCCAAACCAGCUAACAAAAGGUUCAAUAUACAAGCAUCAAUGUGUACUGAUUUUAUAUACAAUGUACUAACUACUAUAUACGUGUGGACAUUCCUAGAGUCUUAGUUGUUUACACAAACACUUUCUAAACGCAGCACAGGUUUCCUCAAACAUCCUCAUCAAUGUCACCAACUAAAUCCACAACACACGCUCUAAUCGGAUAUAUUUUUGUGAGGCCCUUUUUGAGAGAUCUAUAAAGACACUAUUCUAUACCAAGUCCCAAUUUUAUGAAAUCGAAUACGAUGAAUACAUAGCUAACGAGAGAACUUUGUACACACAUUUGCAAGGCAACCAUUUUGUAUAAGGUUUUGCAUUUAUUUUGUAACCUUUAGAACUCAAAGAUCUCCCUAAGUUUGAAUGCGUUGCUAAGCCAAUUGAGUAUUUAUAAAUUACAAAAUGUAUAAGUGUGCAUAAUGCGAAUAUAAAACUGUUGUAUUUAGUUAACAAUAUCAGCAAUAAAGUGUAACAAUGUUUGAAAUCAAAAA